CGCGGAACAAAUCGUGUUUCCGGGACGGAUCGGGUAGCGACACUCCUCCUUAAACUCCACACUCCAGCUAACUCCACACUCCAGCUCAAUAGGUGGCGGAAAUGCACCCAAAGCUGGUUUGCCAGCUGCCAUUACAAAACAUAAGAAGUAAACUCACUCGUUUGCUAGUCGAAGAUAUAAACUGUGGUGUUUCAAGUAAUAGACUAGACGUUAAGUCUUCACAGCUAUGGAAAAGCAUAAUCUUAAAGAGGUAAAUACUGAAAAUACUGUUUCGUCCUCGAAACCUCAGAAUGUAAAACUUAACAUAGAAUCUCCAGCAGACCGCAGCGGAUACAUGGAGGCAGGAACUCUUUCAUCGUGGGACCAUAAUUCUGCAUUCAAUUCUGAAACCGUUACAAAAGAGGAUGCUAUAGAAUUAAAAAUAAACAGAAAACCCGACGAGAAAUUUUUUAAUCAGAGAUGCCGACUGUUUGUCGGUAAUCUACCAAAAGAUAUAACAGAGGAAGAUUUCAAGAAACUGUUUUUAAAAUACAGCGAGGCCAACGAGGUGUUCAUCAACCGAGACAGAGGAUUCGGCUUUAUACGCCUGGAGACAAGAACACUUGCCGAGAUUGCUAAGGCUGAAUUGGAUGGCACAGUAAUAAGGAAUAGAAGCAUUUAUAUCCGUUUUGCCACAAAUGGAGCAGCCCUCACGGUGCGAAACCUUUCUCCAGUGGUGUCCAAUGAGUUGUUGGAACAGGCCUUCUCCCAAUUUGGUCCAGUUGAGCGCACAGUUGUGGUCGUUGAUGACCAUGGCCGACCCACAGGCAAGGGUGUCGUGGAAUUUGCCAAUAAAUCUGAUGCCCGGAAAGCUUUGGAUCACUGUGCAGAUGGAGCUCUUCUGAUUACAACGUCUCCUUGUCCAGUCAUUCUUGAGCCAAAAGAACAGUUUGAAGAUGAAGAUGGGCUCCCAGAGAAGCUUUUGCAAAAAUCAGCACAAUAUUACAAGGAAAGGGAGCACCCACCACAUUUUGCAGAGCCAGGCACCUUUGAGUUUGAGUACUCAUCACGCUGGAAAGCUUUGGAUAAUAUUGAAAAACAACAGAAGGAACAAGUGGACCGGAACAUACUAGAGGCUAAAGAGAAAUUGGAGGCUGAAAUGGAGGCUGCCAAACAUGAGCAUCAGCUUAUGAUGAUGAGACAAGAUCUCAUGAGACGUCAAGAGGAAUUGCGUUGCUUGGAGGAGCUCAGGAACCAGGAGCUGCAGAAACGCAAGCAGGUUGAUCUAAGGCAUGAGGAAGAUAGACGUAGACGUGAAGAAGAGAUGAUUCGCCAUAGGGAGGAGGGCGACGUAGGAUGCCCACCAGAUGGAUUUAAACCCAAUUUUAAAGAUGGUAUUUUCGCUGCAGCUAGUUUCAAUUACAUAAAAUCUCCCAUCACUUUGAUGCCAUGGAUGAGCACCCGUGAAUUAAUUCAACACAUCUCUGAACAGUUAAAUUCGAUAAGCUCUCGACUUCCGCAAAGACCACAACAAUCGGAAACGGAUUGCUUGUACUACCAGCUGGAAAGUGUUGUUCGUGUUCUCCACCGUUUGGCUGCGGUUGUGUCGCUGCCAAGAGAAGAUGAGAUUUUUAUUGUUAUAUGUAGUAGUUUGGAACAUUUGUCACAAGCAGAUAUCUGUGUAAACUUUGCAGAGCGUGGGCCAACAAUGACAGUGGGAAAAGAGCAACUGCAGUUUCUUCUGGAACAAUAUUUCAAAGAGCACGAUAUUGCAAGGAUGUACGAUGUGUCAUAUUCAUCUAUUAGGAGGUGGAUGGAGAGAUAUAAACUUUCCGUUCGACAGACAUAUUCCAACAUAAGCUCGGAAGACUUAAAAGCAAUUAUUAACAACUUCAUUGGCCAAUGCCCCAACAGUGGAUAUAGAAUUGUCGUGGGGCACCUGAGAUCCCUACGCAUAAGGUAGGAAAUACUUAAUGCCAUAUUACUUUAGUUUAGUCACAGAAAAUUAAUUUUAUUACAAGACCAACUUUAGGGGAGAUGUCUCAUUAAUGUUUCAUGUCACUAUUUGGAGAAAAAAAGUGCUUGGCUCACUGAACAUUUAGUAUCCAAUAGUUCCACUAUAUGGCUGCAGAUUUCCCUUUCUGUUUCAAUCAGAAAUAAGGUAUUUAAUGAUAAAGGAUACAGACAGGUGUGUUGGAACUGAACCAUGUCGAAGUGUUCAGAAACCAAUUGACAUCCAGUUCAUUAGCAGUCAUUUAAUGUUUAAUGAGCCAUAAAGGUCAACAGGCUUUGCAUUUAAGAACAUUCCUUUCAUCCCAUUUGUUAAGUUUCUUAACAAACAAUCUGCUUAAUGUUUUUGGCAGAAUUUUUACAGGAUAAAUGAAUGCAUUUGGUAUAAUUUUUCUCAUUAUUCAAAAUAAAUUCCUAAGCAAUGAGGUCGUCUACCUAGAUGGGACAAACACUGCAGUAUUCUAAAGAUCAAUUUCAAGUUACUACAAUACAGAUAUUACUGCAUGCUACAAUAUGUGACCCACCCAAUGUCAUAUUGACUGAUUUACUGCCGUCACCCAAAAAGAAAAGCUAGAGUGUUUUUCUCCUAUAAAUCAGGAAGAUUUAAUUAAAAUUAUUGCAACAUCCAAACCGACGACAUGCUUAUUAGACCCCAUUCCGACUACUUUAUUAAAAGAGUUACUACCUGCUGUAAUUGAGCCCAUUUGUAACAUAAUCAACUCGUCUAUUAAUCUAGGACAUGUCCCAGGACCCUUUAAACUGGCUGUAAUUAAGCCUCUUAUCAAAAAACCAAAUUUAGACCCAAAUGAACUUGGAAGCUAUAGACCGAUUUCAAAUCUCCCGUACUUGUCUAAAAUACUAGAAAAAGUAGUGUCAAGUCAACUGUGUACCUUCCUACAAAAUAAUGACAUGCACGAAAAGUUUCAGUCUGGCUUUAGACCGCAUCACAGCACUGAAACUGCGCUCGUUAGAAUUACAAAUGACCUUCUUAUUGCUUCAGAUAAAGGAAACAUCUCACUCUUAGUCCUGCUUGACCUUAGUGCUGCUUUCGAUACUGUAGACCAUAAAAUACUACUAGAUCGUUUACACCAUUAUAUCGGUAUUCAGGGACAGGCACUGCAAUGGUUCAGAUCUUACUUAACAGACCGAUAUCAAUACGUCCAUUUAAAUGGGAAAUCGUCAAAUCUUACGCAAGUCAAUUAUGGAUUACCUCAGGGAUCGGUUUUAGGACCCUUGCUUUUCUCCAUAUACAUGCUGCCCCUCGGCAACAUUAUUAGAAAACAUGGAAUUAGCUUCCACUGUUAUGCAGAUGAUACUCAGCUAUAUAUCUCAUCAAGACCAGAUGAUUCCUUUAAGCUAUCCAAACUGGCAGAGUGCAUCGAGGACAUAAAACAUUGGAUGACUAGUAAUUUCCUCCUUUUAAACUCUAGCAAAACAGAAAUAUUACUUAUAGCACCAAAAUUAAGUAAACCGAAUAUCUCCGAUUACAGCCUGCAAAUUGAAAGCUGCACUGUUACUCCAACAAAUACAGUUAAAGACCUAGGCGUUAUAUUAGACGGCAACCUGUCAUUUAAAAAUCACAUCUCAAAUAUCACAAAAACAGCCUUCUUCCACCUUAGAAAUGUUGCCAAAUUACGAAAUAGUUUAUGUGUUGCAGACGCAGAAAAGCUUAUUCAUGCAUUUGUGACCUCACGGCUUGACUAUUGUAAUGCUCUACUUAGUGGUUGUCCUGUAUCAUCGAUAAACAAACUACAGUUAGUUCAGAAUGCAGCUGCCAGAGUUCUUACUAGGUCAAGAAAAUACGAUCACAUAACCCCAGUUUUAUCAUCGCUUCACUGGCUACCCAUUAACUAUCGCAUUGAUUUUAAAAUUAUUUUAAUUACUUACAAAGCCCUGAACGGUUUAGCACCUACUUACUUAACCGAGCUUUUAUCACGUUACAACCCAUCACGCUCGCUGAGAUCUCAAAACUUAGGACUUUUGACAAUACCUAGAAUAACAAAAUCCACCAAAGGUGGACGAGCUUUCUCAUACGUAGCACCUAAACUCUGGAAUAGCCUUCCUGAUACUAUUCGAGGGUCAGACACACUCUCCCAAUUUAAAUCUAGAUUAAAGACACAUCUUUUCAGCCAAGCUUUCACUUAAUGCAUAGUUAAUGAACAGCAGCUACGCUAAUUAUUCUCUUUAUUCUCUUUCCGCCUCUGCCUCGGGAUGCCCAUCCCGAGGUAGGAAGAAGUUCCACCAUGUCCAGACGACCGACAGAUGCCCAUCCCGAGGUAGGAAGAAGUUCCACCAUGUCCAGACGACCGACAGAUGCCAAUCCCCAAUUUGAGAUUACACCAGAUACAGCUGCAGACUGACUGACCAUCCCAGCUCCAUCUAAGGCAAUUCCACCAGCUGCCAAGAGAAAUAUGACCAUCGGACCAUCCCAGCUCAGACCACUACAUCCCCAACCAAGAGCAAAGACGGACUAUUUGUCUUAUUAAUGCUGAAGUUACAAUAUUUGGUAUUAAAUGCUAAACUAAAAUCACAUGUCACCAGUCUGAGUGCAGCUAUGACACGUCAGAGGGGAUCUGGCCCUCCCGGUUGAGCCUGGUUUCUCCCGAGGUUUUUUUCUCCAUUAAUCAAUCAUUGGAGUUUGGGUUCCUCGCCACAGCAGGGCAGUGUUGGCCUGCUCACCGGGAGACUGCAUUCAUUCAUUUAUUUAUUUAGAAAUUAGAUGUUAUUUAUUAGAAUGAACUUACUCGUUGUAUAAAUACCAUGCACUGUGCUGUGUUUUAACUUUUCUGUUUUUCCUGUUUGCCCCUGUAAAGCUGCUUUGAAACAAUACACAUUGUGAAAAGCGCUAUAUAAAUAAACUUGAAUUGAAUUGAUAAAGGUCAA